CACACUCGCCUCUACACCUCCUCCCUCCUCGCCCCGCCUCCAUCUCCCUCCCCACCAGACCCCAAGCGCUGCCCCCACACGCCGCCGCCGCCUCACGGGAGCCGCACGACGCACCCGCCGCCGCCGCGCCUCCCCUAAACCCUAGCUGCCCCACUCGCCCGAUCCAGCCCCCAUGGCCGCGCCGCAGCCCGCCGCCGCCGCCCCCGCGUCCGAGGCGCCGCCCCCCGCGCAAGUGGUGGGCAACGCGUUCGUGCAGCAGUACUACCUCGUGCUGCACCAGUCGCCGGAUCUGGUGUACCGCUUUUACCAGGAUGACAGCCGCGUCGGCCGCCCCGCCUCCGCCGCCGGCAUGGAAUCCGUCACCACCAUGAAGGCGAUCAGCGAGAAGAUCAUGGAGAUGGACGUGGCGAAGGCGGAGAUCAGGACGGUGGACUCGCAGGAGUCGCUAGAACGCGGCGUCACGGUGCUCGUCACGGGCCACCUCACCGGCCGCGACGGCGUGCGCCGCGAGUUCUCGCAGUCCUUCUUCCUCGCCCCACAGGAGAAGGGCUACUUCGUGCUCAACGACAUAUUCCGCUUCGUCGGGGAUGGCCCUGCCCCUGCCGCUGUCGAGGCGCAGCCUGAGGCGGACGCCGUAGUCCCACCUGUUGCCGCUCCACUUGCCAACGGCACUGCAGCUCCAGCUGUUGAGCCUGCCGUCCCUGAACAUGAUGCCACACAGCAGCAGGAACAUCACGUAGUGGAGCCUGCAGCGCCUCAGCCGGAGGAGGAGGAGGAGGCGGAGGUUUACAAUCCCCCACCGGAGGAAGUCGUGGAUGAGGAACAACCUGUUCCUGAAGUGAUAAAUGAAGUUCCAAACAAUGUGGCACCGGUAGUUGCAACUACAGUUGCCCCAGUGUCGCAGGAGGAGGCGCCAAAGAAGUCAUAUGCCUCAAUUGUCAAAGUCAUGAAAGAAGUUCCAUUGCCUGCUCCCGCACCUUCUACUAGGCCUGCACCACCCAAACCAGAGAAGCAGGCUCCUGCUCCUGCUCCUGCCCCCGUCACAGACGUACCAGCUUUCAGUUCUAACCCUGAGAACAGCACUAUCCAAGAGCCAGAAGUUGAUGCACAUGCGAUAUAUGUGAGGAAUUUACCUUUAAAUGCCACCGAAACUCAACUGGAGGAUGAGUUCAAGAAAUUUGGUGCUAUUAAGCAAAAUGGCAUUCAAGUCAGAAGCAAUAAGAUUCAAGGGUUCUGUUAUGGUUUUGUUGAAUUUGAGGAUGCAACUUCUGUCCAGAGUGCUAUAGAGGGUUCUCCUGUAACAAUUGGCGGUCGUCAAUGUUACGUUGAGGAAAAGAGGACACCUGGUUCACGAGGCCCCAGCAGAGGUGGCGGCAGGUUUGCACCAGGCAGGGGUAACAACUUCAGAAAUGAAGGUGCCAGAGGCCGUGGUAACUACAGUGGUGGAAGGGGCUAUGGAAGGGGCGAAUUCAGUUACAGGUCCGAUUAUGGUGGCCGAAGUGGUGGCCGAAGUGGUGCGGCACGGGGAGCUGAUGUCGGCUACCAGAGGGUUGAAUACACAGGUGGUCGUGGUGGUCGCACAGCAGCUGCUGGUGCACCUGCGAAAUGAGGGACAACAUAGCUGCACGUCUCUUGGAGUGUCAUUCCAUGGUCCUCAGAUUGUUCCGAGGUUGACAUAGAGCUUCAUCAAUUGGUUGAGGGUUCCUGUUCUUGACCACUAUUUUUGCAGGCAACAAAAGCGGAAAAGAAGUUAUUACUAAUUGUAGAAUAUACACCUAUUCAGAUGUAGUUCUAGUUUUGGUCGUCGGCUGAUGUGCCUUUUUUUGCCCCCCAUCUUUCAGUGUUAAUCCUCCUGGAGCAUCAUCUAGGUUUUUGUUACUGUUAGUAUUCAUUUGUUGUGUCCAUUUGAGGUAAUAGCUUUUUUGCGGACUGUUGGAAUAAGCGACAAUUUAGAGUAGUUAAUAGUAGCUAGGGUGAGAAUUUACAAGUUUUUUGCAUUGAGUCGAGGCCGAAGGACACUCUAGUUUUUAAUGAUAUUGGUUAUUUUCUGAUUUGAUUAUGUGGUA